GUUCUUUACUUUCCGCGUUCGUUUCUCUGACAUUAUUGAUUAUAGCAGUCUCUGCUAACAAACCCCGAAAACAAGGCUAAUCCUGAGACAAUGGAUGAUCUUCCACCCAUCACUGUCACUGAACAGAAUUCUUUCUGUGUGGAAAUGAUGAAACGGCUCAACAUACAACGAAAACAAGGCCACUUAUGCGACUUAACUUUGAUCACAAAAGAUGACCAAGAGUUUAAGGCUCACAGUAAUGUUCUUUCCGCUGCGAGUCCGUUCUUUUGCAAGCUUUUUCAGAGCGACAUGAAGGAAAAUCGGGAGGGUGUCGUUCGGUUUGAGGAGGUUUUAGGAUCUGUUAUGGAAGAUGUCCUGGAAUUCAUCUACACCGGGACUGUGGAAGUAACUGAAGAAAAUGCCGAAGAGUUAGUCGCUGCAACGAAUUAUCUCAUCGUCCCAAAUUUAAAAACAAUCUCUGGUCGAUAUCUACGGCAAAAAAUGAGAAACUCCAGCUGCAUUUCAACCUUCUACUUCGCCGAGAAAUACGAUUGUGAAGAGCUUGUUAACGACAGCAAGAGUUUCAUCCACGCGAACUUCGCAUCUGUGGCAGACAUGGAUGAAUUCCUAAGUUUGGAAGCCAAAGAGGUGGAGAGAUGGAUUUCAAGUGAUGAGAUUGUUGUUAGAAUGGAAGCUGAUGUUUUCCAGAUUGUGCAAAAGGGGGUUGAACAUAACAAGAGCGAGCGGAAAGUAGCGUUUGAAGAACUUCUUCGUCACGUUCGACUGGUUUUCGUAUCGCGUGACUAUUUGUUGAAUGUCGUGACAAACGAACUCGUGCGUGACAACCCUGGUUGUUUUACACUGAUUUCAGAUGCCAUAGAACAGACUACGUUUCCAAGCGAUGAUGAUCUUUCCCAGUCCCCCAGAAAAGCGCUUGACACACGUGCUAUAGUGGCUUGUGGAGAAGACUAUGCCUUUUGUUAUGUCCCUCAGAAAGAUGAGUGGAAAAGAUUACCCAACAGUGCUACAGGAAAGAGUCUUGUGUCAUUGGAUCUGGUAACUUUUUGUAUCUUUUGGGUGGGAAGUCCCCACAUACAUCCCAAUAUGUUGCAAAAGCUGACAGAUUUGACAUCACAGAAAGGAAAUGGGAAGAAAUCAAAGAUAUGCAACAAGCAAGAGGUGGGGCUUUUGGCGUUGCCACUCAGGAAAAGAUUUUUGUUGCUGGAGGUGCAGAUAAAGAAAACACAGUGUUGAAAACAUGCGAAGUGUACAACGUUUCCUCAAAUGAAUGGCAGUUAAUUGCAAACUUGAAUGUUUGCCGCACACAUGGUAGCAUGGUUUGUCUUGGUGGAACAUUGUAUGUGCUGGGUGGCUGUGACCAAACCAGGAAAAAUGGUGAACAUUCAGUUGAAUGUUAUGACUCCACACAGGGCAAGUGGAUCAUGAAGACAACCAUACCAGUAAAAGGGGACUGUAAGAAUAAACAUACAUUUAAAGGGUGUGUGCUGAAGUUUUCCAAAGGAGUAUUGGACAAUCUUGAUGGUGCAGUUGAAAGCUUGUGGGAUAAAUUGUUUCUGUUCAGGUAAUAGGACACAUUUUUCCAGGCACAAUAACCUAAGAAAGCCACACAGGAUGUUGGGAGAACAUGAGGCAAGCCUAUGAAUUAUGAGCGGAAGGCAAGUGAUUUGUAAGCUUUUCAAGCGUUCUUCUAACAUCCCAAGUGGUUUUGUCAUGCUAUAGAGUUGGGAGAAAAUGUGUUCUAUUUAACAAUUAUUCCACGAGUGCGCGUUGGAUAUGAGAUGAAAGAUAGCCAA